CGAAAUUUAAGGUAUUUAAAAUCAACAAACAUUUCUUCCUUCAGGGGAAGCUUAAUACCAAUCAUCGUUGUUACAGUUUAUUUUAUUGCAGGUUUAAAUAAAUUGGUUAUGUUGCUGUUUUCUGUCAUCACCAUGGGGAUUUACGGCUUUAUUGACGGUUUAACUGUUACAGAACUGUCAAAAUUUACAACAUCUGGAAACUUUCCUGAAUCUACUGUAAGAGUCGAUACAACUCAAUCAAAUAGACAUCUUAUUUAUGCGUCGGGAAUACCAGAUCAUCCAUGGGAAAAGGUUAAUCCAAAUGAUGCAACUGAUCAAAACUAUAAUAUCAGUAUUCCAAAAAUACCACGCUACAAUAAUGGAGCGCAUGGUUGUGUUCCAAUGGGUAUGAUUGGUAUUACCAGGACAGGCGUAGCCAUAUUCAAUCCGUUAAAUGUUGACUUAGAAAAUGCAGUUGAAGGGCAAACACAAGAGACUUUUGACAGUUGCGAUGGCCAUCCAACAAACACAGGAUCAUAUCAUUAUCACAAGAUUCCAGAUAGCUGCCUGUAUAAAGGAGAGAUUGACGAGUUCAUUGGUGUCGCUUUAGAUGGAUUUCCAAUUUAUGGUCCAAACGCAUCAGAUGUUAAUAGUCUGUUGACGUCAACUGACCUUGACGAAUGUCAUGGCAGAGAAGUUAAUGGCGCUUAUCGAUAUCAUGCGACUGAGACAUGGCCGUACUUUCUUGGAUGUUUUAAGGGUGUGAUAUUAGAAAAUCUGCCUGGUUUGCAGUACAAUUGUGAACCAGCCAAUAAAACAUCUGCAGGUUGGGAAGACUGGAAAGAAUGGAACGGAUAUCUUUGUAAUUGUCUACAGCAGGGAGGACAGGGUGGUGGAAAUAUGCCAGAUCCAUCUCAAUGUGGACAGAAUAAUCCAAACCGACCAGCUAACUGCCCUAAUGUUCAAGAAUGCAUGAACAAUAACAAUCCUCCUAUGUUUUGUUACGACAUAUGCCAACAACAGGGGAAUCGUCCUCAAUUUUGCCAGACCUUGCCUGUUAAUGAUGACAGUGAGGCAUGCUCAGUAGCUGCUAUCAAGAUUUAUACUGUUCUUUUGACAUUUAUAGCAAUGAUUUUUAUCUAAUGUAAACAUUUGGUUCAGUACAAUAUGCAGUGCUUAAAUGGAUUUCAAUGCAAGAAUUAAAUCUUAUUUUUUUUAAACAUUAUAUGCUGAAGCAAAUGAAGAUGAACGCUUUACCAAUUCUGCAGGCGAUAGGCACAGUAUUGUUUAAAGUUUCGAUAGCCAUGCGUAUAUUUAAAAGACAACUUUAACCUGCCAAUUAAUAUUUUUUUCAGAUGUGGAAAGAAAAUAACAGAAUUAUUGUCAAUUAUCAAAUUAUGAAAUUUUCUGACUAAGAAAAAAACCCUAAUCCCCCCCUUUGAAGUUAAAUGGUUGCUCCCUUAGUGAUUAAAUCAUUUGUAUUUUAAUAAUUUGUCAUUAUACUCAUAUUCCAACAUAGCUAAAUAUAUUGAAACAUGCACUAAACUUUCACAUUAUAUACCAACAUAUGAAGUAUCCUUCAUAAAAAAAAACUAAAAUGUACGGAAACGUCGCAUGCAACGUCCACAAAAAGUCAACUUUUAAAAAUAAGAAUAUGUCUGAGACAUCCAUUUCUCACAAAAUGAACAGUAAUCAUGGACGUAUGUCAAAUUGUUCUAAAAUGUAGAGAAAUAAAACUAAUCAUCAGUUAUUCCCUUUUUCCAGAUGUGAAGAUAAGCAUGGAUGAAAUUAAUAUUCUUUAUUACAGAAUUUCGGGUCAUUUGGAGGUCGGUUCAAAAUCAUUUUUCUAUGAUCCGAUAUGAAUUCACAAUUAAAUUUGUGGAAAUGCAUAGUCAUUAAGUAUACAUCUACAAAAUAAACACAAACUUGAAACUUU